AUGUUCAACUUCCUGUUCGCCUCUUCUAUCCUCGCCCUCGCUGGCAACGCUGUCGCGCAGGAGUACUCGUUCUACGGACAAGCCUACAACUCUGGCGAGGUCACGACCACCCCUUGCAAGUGCGACAACGUGCCCGUCGGUGGAGCCGCCUUCGCUAGCAGCCUCCGUCAGGAGCUCGGGAGGGACCUGUGCUGCGCGAAGGUUACCAUUGGCGCCGAUGGCGGCCAAGUGCAGACCGUCUUCAACGCCAUCUGCGACGACUGCAGUGUCCACGACGUCGCCCUCGAGAUCGAGGCUUGGACGUCGCUCACGGACCAGAAGGAGGGCCCUGUUCCCAUCUUCUGGACCGCGAAGGUGUAG